UAGUUUUGCUUUCUGUUUAGAAUAUAGAUCAUGUCCACCUUUCUCCUAACAUGGUCGGCCGCGUUAUGCGUAACGCUAAUUCUUAUGCCGCAGCAAACAAACGCGGCUAGAGCGUUCUUCGUGUUUGGCGACUCACUCGUGGACAGUGGUAAUAACAAUUACUUAGUCACCACCGCUCGUGCUGAUUCUCCUCCUUACGGGAUAGAUCAUCCGACAGGUCGACCAACCGGUCGUUUCUCCAAUGGCUUGAACCUCCCUGACAUCAUCAGUGAACAGAUUGGAUCUGAGCCUACGUUGCCAAUUCUUAGCCCUGAGCUCACCGGUGAGAAGCUAUUGAUCGGAGCUAACUUUGCCUCUGCCGGCAUUGGGAUACUCAACGACACCGGAGUUCAAUUUUUGAACAUACUAAGGAUCGGUAGGCAAUUCGAGCUAUUCCAAGAGUAUCAAGAGAGAGUGAGUGAGAUUCUAGGUUCAGACAAAACAAAACAGCUUGUAAACGGGGCUCUUGUCCUCAUGACUCUCGGAGGCAACGAUUUCGUCAACAACUACUUCUUCCCAAUCUCUUCUAGAAGAGGCCAGUCGUCUCUCGGCGAAUUUAGCCAGCUUCUCAUCUCCGAGUACAAGAAAAUCCUGGCGAGGCUAUACGAGCUGGGAGCAAGAAGAGUGAUGGUGACAGGAACAGGACCGUUGGGCUGCGUACCAGCUGAGCUUGCCUCAUCGGGAAGUGUGAAUGGAGAAUGUGCACCCGAGGCGCAACAGGCUGCAGCAAUAUUUAAUCCGCUUUUGGUACAAAUGCUUCAGGGACUUAACCGUGAGAUUGGUUCUGAUGUUUUCAUUGGGGCUAAUGCCUUUAAUAUGAAUGCAGAUUUCAUCAACAAUCCCCAAAGAUUUGGUUUCGUGACGUCUAAGGUAGCAUGUUGUGGACAAGGAGCAUACAAUGGGCGAGGCGUUUGCACACCAUUAUCGAGCCUAUGCCCUGACCGCAACGCUUAUGCUUUCUGGGACCCUUUCCACCCGACCGAGAAAGCCACCCGACUCAUCGUCCAACAAAUCAUGACUGGUUCGGUUGAGUACAUGAACCCCAUGAACCUCAGUACUAUCAUGGCUUUAGACUCCAGGAUAUAACUAAGGGAGCACUCUAUUUUAGAAUAUAUUAUGCGACACACGUACGACGUCUGAUAUGCAAAGUGUAAUAUCAGAGUCUGUAUUACGUUUAACAUUUUUAGUAUCGGCUUGAGCCAUUAGAUACUACUAUAUAUAAAUGAUGUUUAUUAUU